AAAUUGUCUGGAAGAAAUUUGUUCGAGAGAUAGUUUUUUAUUCAAUCGCACACACAGAUCUGAUAUUUUGUAAAUUUUGUCACUUAAUUGCUUGAGUUAUCAAUGUAUAGUUGAUUUAUCAAAUAGCUAUAAGGAAAUAUUUCUAUGUAACCACGUGGCUAAUUGAAAUUCAUUAAGGUUAUUUAGCCACGUGCAUGUGAUUUAGAAUCACUUGCAAAUAAUUGUCUAUCAUGAAGUGCGGUAUCCUGUCUCAAAUAUAUAUAGCAGUGCAUACCAAUUAAAUAGUUUAUAAAAAUGACAAAAACUAAAAAAGUUAAUGAUAGUGGAUGGAAACCUGUACCAUUGGAAGGUGCAUUAUUGUCCAACAGUACAGGAUUAAUUGGAAUAGAAGAGUUGACUGAAUAUAAUUUGGAAAAGAGCAGCAAAAAAGGCAAACUUGUUAUCAUAGAAGUAAAAUCUACUGAAGAAAAGAAAUCAGCUUCAAAGCGGAAACACUUAAAGGAAGAAGCUGAGGAUGACGAUGCUACUGAGGUUUCUGCAAAGAAAUUAAAGAUUAAAAAAGCUGAAACAAAAUCAACAAAGAAAAAGAAUAAGAAGACGGCAAAAUCUAAAGAGUCUGGAACCACAGAACAAAUUAAAUCUGAUGGUGAAAAUGAUUUGUAUCAUGACACAGACAGUAGUGAAAAUUUGGCAAAUAUUAAUGUUAAAGUAUGGAUUUCUAUGGGUGUUCCUACUGUUGUGAUGAAAGCUUUAGCUGAUCAGAAUUUUCAUUCUCCUACUGCAAUACAAGCUCAGACAUUGCCAGCUGCUAUAUUGGGCCGCAGAGAUAUAUUAGGUGCUGCUGAAACUGGUAGUGGCAAAACAUUGGCUUUUGGUAUUCCAAUAAUAAAAGGUAUCUUAGAUUUAAAGAACCAACAAUUAGAAACAGCAGUGUCUAAGAAAUCUGCAACACAUAAUAUUCAAAAGGACGAAGUAGAAGCUAAAGAUACUGAUACUUCAGAAUCUGAUUCAGAAGAUGAAAACUUAUCAAAAUCUGAGAAUUGUGUGAAAGCUAUAGGUGAUAAAUUUGAUGAGUGUCAAGAUAUUCCAAUCAAGCCUCUGUAUGCAUUAAUUCUUACACCAACUCGUGAAUUAGCAAUUCAGAUAAAGAAUCAUCUUACUCAAGCAGCAAAAUAUACGGAUAUUAAGAUAGCUAUUGUUCUUGGAGGUAUGGCAGCGGUAAAACAAGAAAGAAUAUUAAACAAAGGUCCUGAAAUUGUUAUUGCUACACCUGGAAGACUUUGGGAAUUGGUUGAAAAAGGGAACUCUCACUUAAGUCAAAUAGAUUCUAUUAGAUAUUUAGCCAUUGAUGAGACAGACAGGAUGCUAGAGAAAGGUCAUUUUCAAGAAUUACAUGAUCUUUUGGAGAAGAUAAAUGCAAAUCCAGCGAAGCGGGAGAAACGGCAAACGUUUGUUUUUUCCGCUACUUUGACUAUGGUACAUGAUCUCCCAGAGUAUCUUGAGAAAAAGAAGAGACGAUAUGCCAGGAGCAGGAUAAACAAACUCACCUCCGACCAGAAACUGCAAAAGAUUAUAUCACUGUUAAAAAUUAAAAAACCCAAAAUCGUUGAUCUUACGAAAGAAUCAGGUACAGCCGAUAAUUUGACAGAAUGUCGAAUAGCAUGCACAAUCGACCACAAAGAUUAUUACCUUUACUAUUUUUUGACAAAGCAUAAUGGAAGGACGUUAAUAUUUUGUAACAGUAUUGGCUGUGUAAAAAGAUUGGCUACUCUCUUCAGCAUACUCGAAUGUAAACCCUUACCUCUGCACGCCAAUAUGCAGCAACGGCAACGCUUAAAAAAUCUGGAAAGAUUUCAAGCUGAUGAGAAUGGACUGUUGAUAGCCACUGAUGUAGCUGCGAGAGGUUUAGAUAUACCUAACAUAGAGCAUGUAAUACACUAUCAGGUUCCCAGGACAUCCGAGAAUUACGUACAUAGAAGCGGUAGAACGGCAAGAGCACAGAAGGAAGGCAUCACAGUUCUAAUGAUGGAACCUUCUGAAAAACAGAACUACAGCAAAUUAUGCAAAACCCUUGGCCGCACACAAGAUUUGCCCAUAUUUCCUGUGAUAGACAAUUUAUUAAUUGCCAUAAAAGAAAGAGUCAAUAUUGCUCGUGAAAUUGAUAAAUUAGAAUUGAGAUGUCGCCGGGAAAAUACUCAGAAAAGUUGGUUACAAAAAGCAAAAGAAGAAAUGGACAUCAUUUUGGACGAUGAUGACGAUAAUGAGUCAUCAACGGAAUCGGAAGAAACAGCAGCACUGAAACGACAAUUAAAAGUGAAGAAACAUCAAUUGAAAUCUCUGUUAACAAAGCCAGUAUUCCCGAAAGGAUUUUCAACAAAAUAUCUUGAUACUAAUGUAAACGUAGAUUUAGCUCAGAAUGCAGAGAAAGCUAUCGAAGUAAUGAAAAAAGUAAUAGAUGAUUCCGAUAAAAGUAAAAAAAGUAAUGUCGCAUCUAAAAAAAGACAAAAGCCACAAAAAUCGGAAAACUGUAAAAAGUUUAAAAAGGCAUAA